CAAAAACAAAACAACAAUAAAUAACAAUAUAAAAACAACAAAACCAAUGAAGCAUAUAAAAACAAACAGAAACAGAGUCUCAUGCUGGGUUAAAAGCCAAGGAAUAAAAAUGGGUUUUUAGGCGAGUUUUAAAAAUGGACAGUGAAGGGGCUUGUCUAAUGGUCAAUGGGAGGCCAUUCCACAGUUUGGGACCGGCAGCGGAAAAGGCUCUAUCCCCUCUGAGCUUCCGUUUAGACCUCGGUACCUCCAGGAGCAGCUGAUCAGCUGACCUGAGGCACCGGGCAGGAGAGUAAGGAUGGAGCAGCUCUGAGAGGCGCAAAUGAGCAAACAGUGCAGCGAAGAACCGAAGAACCCUGGGAAAGUGACUGACGUCUGCUCCGGAACCUUAGUGUGUGCUGUCUCCGGCUUCACUACGACAUCAUUCGUUGACGGACUGUACACAAACCAGCGUUUUUUAGCGAACUUACUCUCAGGAUAAAUGUAGAUCAGUUUAUUGCAUUACUGUUUAUCCUACUAAAUCAAAUAUUGGUGUUUGUGUAACUAACGGAAUAUAUAGAUAUUAAUGCAUGAAGACAACGGGUUUAAGUCACUAACCUACUGGUCACUGUACGUUGGCUAACAACACAUCACCUCCAAGUGAACCCCUCAAUGCUGUUUGGAAAGGCCUGCAUAUUUGGUGGACGUGCCAGGUAUUGUGUUGUCAAACCCUUGGCCUGUCUUUUUACGACUUCCAGCAACAUGGCCAAGAGCAAGUUUGAGUAUGUCCGCAACUUUGAAACAGAUGACACUUGUCUACGGAAUUGCUACAUUGUUGUGAGAUUGGAUGGUCGCAACUUUCACAAGUUUACAGAGCAGCACAAAUUUGCAAAGCCCAACGACAACAGGGCUUUGGGCCUGAUGAGCCGGAGUGCUCGCUCCGUCAUGGAAGAGUUAGAGGAUAUUGUCAUCGCUUAUGGUCAAAGUGAUGAGUUCAGCUUUGUUUUCAAGAGGACUUCAACCUGGUUUAAGAGGAGAGCCAGUAAGCUUAUGACACAUGUGGCCUCCCAGUUCUCAUCCUCAUAUGUGUUUUACUGGAAGGAGUUUUUUGGGGAGGACCUACCCCUCUUGUACCCCCCUAGCUUUGAUGGACGUGUGGUCCUGUAUCCUAGCAACCGCAACCUCAAAGACUACCUCAGCUGGAGGCAAGCAGAUUGUCAUGUGAAUAAUUUGUACAACACGGUGUUUUGGACUUUGGUACAAAAGGGAGGACUCACCACAGCCCAGGCAGAGGAACGCUUAAAGGGAACACUAGCUGCAGACAAAAAUGAGAUCCUGUUCUCUGAGUUUAAUAUCAACUACAACACUGAACCUGCCGUCCUCAAAAAAGGCACCACUCUCAUCUGGGAAAAGCGAGAUGAAACGGUCACCAAACACAUGAAGCUGCCGAACGCAGAGGAGAAGGAGGUGGCGGUGACCCGCAGCAGGAGGCGGGUGCAGGCCCAUCACUGCGACGUUAUAGGGGAGCAGUUCUGGGAGGAGCACUCUAACAUCCUGGAGGACGACAACUGCUAACAAACAGCUCCUGAGGGAGAAGAAUCCUGAACGGUUGAAGUGGACCCAUACCAGCGGUGGACAGAUAGCAGCUUGUUGUUGACUAGAUAAACAUCAAACAACAUGUCACCCAUGAGGCUCCGUGCCCCUGAAUCCCUUGAAAGAGCCAUUUCUGAGACUCAGGCCUUUGAUGACAGAUUUUGUGUAAUUACUCUUACUCUUGAACAUAUUCUUGCUUUCACAUAUUAAACUUCUUUCAUAAUGUUCCCUGAAGUAGGACGUUCUCUGCUUAAAUUGAUGAUGAUGCCUGUCAUGUUCAAAGAGAGGCAGAUCAUUCCUAAAUCUUUUAACAGCGUGUAUUAAGGACAAACAACAGCUGCCCCAGGCAUCAUCACACUCUUGUGCAUGUAGCUCUCCUAAAGUUGUUUUUACAAAAAAUAUAUAUAUAAUUUCGGGUACUAUCAUUUGAACUUUCAGCAUUUUUGCCAUGAUACCUCUUGACCCACUGUAAGUUUGUUCUUUUAUCUGCAUGUGGGCGUUUUUCAAUCCCAACUCUCCUUUUUCUGUCCAUAAAGCAGAGUUCUUAUGCUUGAAUUUGAAUGAUUCAGGACGGCUAUUUGCAAAGUGUUCAAUAUCACUUACAGUUUGUAGUAAGAUGGAGCAUACUUGAUAGGAAUAAGCAGAGUAAAGCAGAAGCUAAUACCUUGGCAGGAACAAGUGGCCUUGUCUUGGGCCAGGACGCCAUUUAGAGAUGUGAAUGGAUUUGGCGGCCUGCACUGUCAUCAGAGCUAAGAAUACCUCACACACCCUGCAUACACUCUAUCCCCUGACAUGUGCUCCAAGGCUAAUUUAUCAUCGCACUUAUAAAUGACCUGCUCAGUAUGAAUGGCUUUUGAAGGAUUGAAGUGGACAAGCCAACUGUAUUUUAAUACUGUAGUGGGCUCAGUUACUGUUGAGUAUUAGAGCUGUAUUUUUAGUCUCAACGCAUGUAGCUCUCUCUCUACUGUACUUUAUGUAACUAGGAUUCAAAUCUAUUCACACUUUAACAAAUCAUUUCAAACUAGCGUGAUAACAUGCUACAUUUUCGAUAAAGUAACAUGUACAAAAGCACAUUAUGAAAGCAGAAGUUCAUCUUUUCUUAAUGACUUUUUCUGUAUGCUUAGAUCGGUUCACUUGUAACAGUUGCUAACAUGACAAUGACUCAACAAAUGCCUCUAUUGUAUAGAAGGUAUCUUAGUGACCAGAACGUGUUGAGGCAAGCGGUGCAGUUAUUUAAAGAGAACAUGUAUUUACAUGCAGGGUCUAAACCUAAUCCCAUUGGGAUACUGGUUGUAAAAAAACAGGAAAUACUCUAAACACCUUCUUUAAUAUUGUACUUUAAUAGCUCCUGUAAAUCUCAGUUAUUUUAGGUAAAAUGGCCACUGAGAAGUAAGCCGUCUUUACAUCAUAUUGCUCGACCCUGGCUCCUACAAAAUGACGAUACAAUACAACUUUACUGCAUUCUUAAUGAAGGUUCAAGGAUUCCAAGAUUACGGUUGCAUUUAUAAACAUGUGGUUAUUGUUGUAAAUUGAAAGAAAACUAAAUGCAAAAAAACGACUUGAUAAUGUGAAGGCAACAAAACAUU